AUGACAAAUUUGGAAAUAUUUGUAUCGUCACCAGCAAGAAGAAAUGUCACUUAUAAAUGUCGUAUAACACGAGACAAGAAGGGAGUCGAUCGCGGUAUUUAUCCAACCUAUUAUCUACAUCUUGAAAAGGAUGAAGAAAAAAGGAUUUUCCUUUUGGCUGCACGAAAAAGAAAAAAAAGUACCACAGCUAAUUAUUUGAUUUCAAUUGAUCCAACCGAUUUGAGACGUUAUGGCAAUUCUUUCGUCGGAAAAGUCAGAUCAAAUGCUUUGGGUACACAAUUCACAUUGUAUGACAACGGUGAAAAUCCGAAAAAAUCAUGGGUUAUCGGUGAUUCCGUAAGACAGGAACUUGGAGCUGUCAUUUAUGAUACCAAUGUCCUUGGUUUCAAAGGUCCACGUAAAAUGACUGUUUUAAUACCCGGAAUCUGCGAUGCUGAAAAUUAUCGACGUCAAGAAAUUCGACCUCUAUUAGAACAACAGUCUAUUCUUGAGAGGUGGAAAAAUCGAAAAGCGGAUGAUUUGAUAGCUAUGCAUAAUAAAAGCCCUGUUUGGAACGAAGAUACCCAAUCAUACGUUCUUAAUUUUCAUGGUCGCGUUACUCAACCAUCAGUGAAGAAUUUUCAAAUUAUCCAUGACGCUGACCCCAAGUAUAUCGUAAUGCAAUUUGGUCGAAUUGGUUAUGAUGCAUUUACGAUGGAUUUUCGCUAUCCAUUAUCGGCAAUACAAGCAUUCGGUAUUGCUAUGACCAGUUUUCACGGCAAAAUCGCCUGUGAAUAA